UUAAAACUUUAAUAACUCAACAACUACUUAUUCAAUUCUUCUGCAAUUCAACAUGGAAACACCUGUAAUACUCAGCUCACCCCUCGAGAAAGGAAAAUCUCAGCGCGAGAUCGUCCAAGAGACUCAGGUGCCUAGGAGGACUGUACGUCGCAUUCUUAAGCUAGAACACACCGCAGAGAGCGUAAAAAGAAGCACCCGAAACCUCAUUUGAUGUCUAUAAGAACGAUAUGCCAAUACAUUCGCAC